GCGCGCGGCCACGCUAUCACGCGGUCGUUCCAGAAAUCCUCCCGCGACCUCCUCCCAGAGGAAGUCGCCUCGAUUUUUAAGGGGUAUCAAGGUCAACCGGCGUGGCAGUGCAGCGGUACCGGCGACACCCGAGUCGGCUCUUGGUGAACCGCGUUCGCGCGCCGCUGCCAGAUCGUCCUCUGCGUCCCUCAGGCGUGCACGCCUACCGCGAGGAUAACGCCGUUCACCCCGUGCCAUUCACCAUGAUGUGGGCAACGUUGCUGUCAGGACUCGUUCUACUAUCGGCGAUAUCGUCCAGUCUUCCUCGAAGCCAUAGUGAUACCGAAGGCCGAUGGAAGCGCAGUAUCGACCUGAACGAUGUCUACUACACGAAAAUGCGUCAGUACAGAUUACCUGCCGAAGUUAGGCCGACCAGUUACGCCUUGGAUAUCCAAAUACCCUUCAUCCAGGCCAACCAGUUUACCGGUCGUGUCAAGAUUAAUUUCACCGCGCACGACAUCAGCGAUAGGAUAACAUUGAACAUGCAUGAGGAUCUUGAGGUUUCAGUAGUCACCGUUCGACUGCUCAAUUCGCCGGGCGAUGAAGUGAAGGGUGAGGAAUACUUCAACAUCGCAAGGACCGAACGGCAAACUAGGAAAGCCUGGUACAUUAUCCAUCUGGAACAAAUGCUGAAGGCAGGAAGUACCUGCGAAGUCGACAUCACGUACUUUGGGAACCUUACACUUAACGAGACUACCGGCCUUUACAAAAGCGCAUACAUGAUUUCCGACGGUCGAAAACAACCCUUCAUCGCCACUUACUUACAGUUAGACAACGCACAGAGGAUGUUCCCCUGCAUGGAUGAACCACCUUAUAAAGCGACUUUCAAGCUGAGCGUAUCGUAUCCUAAAGGCUUAACGGCACUCACGAACACGCCGUCAAUCUUUCGGCAAGAAUCGCCCGACAAGAUCGAGGAAGUGUUCGCAGAGACACCUCGAAUGUCGACGCAUCAGCUAGCCCUCGUGAUAUCGGAUCUGCAAAGGAUCGAGCCGACGCAGGAAGUUAACGAGAUGGAUGGAAAGAGAUUGCGGGUGAAGGUUUGGAGUCGCAAAGAAUUCAUGGAGUCGCUGCUUAGUGUCCCCAACAAAGUUGUGAGAAUCGUUAAUUAUUUGCAAGAUUACUUCAAUAGCUCCCUCGGUUUACCGAAAUUGGACGUCAUGGCGAUUCCAGUGUUCAGCGCUUCUAAAGCUUCCGACAAUUGGGGUCUCAUGUUCUUCAAGGAAAGUGAACUCAGCAGUUCUCUAGUCUGGACGACUACGUACGAGCUUCUCUACCAAUGGAUCGGCCAAUCCGUAACGCCGUAUCAACGAAACGACGCGCCGGUUAACAAAGCCCUUAAUUCGUUCUUGGCGUCCAUGGCGACGAUCGACCUCAAUCCAAACGAGAUGGCAGGGAAAUGGCCAAUGACAAUGUUGUAUCCUCUGUAUUACGAAUUUGCGCAGACGGCACCUUUCUCAAGGGUGGCUGGCAUCAGGCAAGAAGCAACAUGGACAAAAGCCGAGUUGGUCUUCCGAAUGCUUAAUUAUACUCUUGGGCGCGACCUGUUCCAAAGGAGCGUGAGGAAUUUCUUCCAUCAGCAAUCGAAAGAAGAUCGCAGAACCUUCUUCGCCAACGAUAUCUUCACUUAUCUGAACGAUGUGGCGAACGAGACGGACAAUCUGCCACCGGGUCUGACCAUCAACGGCAUCGCCGCUUCGUGGAUCAAUCGGGACAGAGUGCCGUUGGUCACGGUCAUUCGCGAUUACGAAACUGGAAAAAUUAAUCUCACUCAGAAAGUCUAUCUGAGAGAUGUACCACCGCAAUCGACGGCCAAAGUAGGAUAUCAGUGGGACAUCCCGAUCGUGAUGCAGGCACAAGAUAAACUAAACUUCGACAAUACCAAACCGACCGUAUGGCUAAAGAGAGAAACUGUACCGAAGAAUUUCACUAUCGCGGACAUUACCAACAGAACUUAUUUCAUCAUUGUGAACCCCGAAGAAAUAGGUAUGUUCCCGGUGAAUUACGACACGUGCAACUGGAAGAUGCUGUCGCAGUAUCUGCAAGGACCAGAUCGCGAGAAGAUACCUCCGUUAACCAGAGCGAAACUUCUGCACGACGCAUGGAACUUGGCGUACGCCGGCGAGCUGUGCUUCGGCACGGCUCUGAAUAUGACUCUCUUCCUCAAGGGGGAAAAGAGCCACGUGGUUUGGGAGCCGGUGUUCACCAUGAUUCAUCACAUCGGCCGGCGGAUCGAGGGCUUGGACGUAUAUUUGAAAUUCGAGGCGUACAUUCGAAACUUACUGAAGCCUCUUUACUUUGAGCUUGGAGAUAAUCCGCAGUCCAAUGAACCUUCCUGGAAAACUCACAUGCGUGGCCUUAUGCAGAACUUCCUCUGUCGCGCUGGAUACGAACCUUGCGUCAAGGAAGCCAGGGAUCAAUUCAAAAAGUGGCUGACCGACGAGGAGCCGGAUAAAGGAAACCCGGUCGCCAAUAAAUUCCUUUGCCCCGUGUUCAAGUGGGGCACCGACGAGGAAUGGGAGUUCGGAUUGCAGCGAGUUAUAAAUUUCCCGAAGACCAGCCUGGCUAGAAAGCAGAACGAACGCACCUACCUGCUAAAGACCCUCGCCGGGUGUCCGAAGGAUGCGAACAAGAUCGAAAAACUGUUACAAGUGGCCGUGCUGAACCGGAAUGAGAAUUUCACGGACUCGGACAUCCACCUGAUCUUCAGUAUGCUGACCGGCAGCGCGACCGGCUACAAAACCCUGUUCAACUUCUUGCACGAGCACUGGUACACCGUGAAGGAGCAAUUUGGGAACAAGACUUUCCUCUGGGACGGCAUCGUCAAUUUCGCCACAUCGUCGUUCAACACGCAGGAGGGCUACGAUAUGGUAACCAAGUUUUACAUCGAUCACAAAGAUGAAUUCGAAACGGCGGACGCCAUCAUCAAGAAGGCGCUCAGAGUCAUUAAUCAGGAGACCAAGUGGAACGAGGAGAACGUGCCAGUGAUCGAUAGCUGGCUCAUGAAGAAUCUGUCCAAGGAGGAUCUGGAGACGAUUGCAGCUUCGACGUCCGCGUCUAUUCUCUCCACGACCUCCCUGCCGACAACAAUCAAACAGCUGGACACGAUUCAGGAAAUUCGAUUCCACGGAUGAAUGCGCGAACGCGAGUCCGGCGUUAAGGUUUUCUCGAUCCAUAAAGAGAAUAUAAUCUAAUACAUAUUCUUCUCAGCUGCUCCGAGAUAUCCGAUUUUCUUUCUCAAUCAUAAUUAUAAUUGUACCUUAGCUUGCUUGACAAAUAGAUAGCAUCGCGCAAUAACUUCACUCCCUUAUACCUAAUUCUUAUCAAAAUUGACAUGAUAUGGUACAUGCAAAGAUCCUUAAAUCAAUACGUUAUGCAUGGAUUUGGAAAAGUCGAAAUGAAUUAGAAGAUAGAGUGAUUAAAAUACGAUGAACGUCACGUUCCUUUUUCUCCCCCACGUCCUUCUACAGACACAGUAAUUUAGAAAUGCCGAUUUCGAAAAAGUUAUAUUGUAUUAUACAUAUAUUUAAAUUUUUAUUUUUGUAAAACGAAUAAAGAAACGAUUGACAUCGCUUGUGAUACAUUUGUUCUACA